AGCCAUCCAUCCUCCCUUUCCCCUCUCUCCCCCGUCCUUCUCUCUCUCUCUAGGCCCCCAUCUCCGCCGCGGGCCGGGGAGGCCCCGAUCGCCACCAUGAGUUCCUUCAGCUACGAGCCGUACUACUCGACCUCGUACAAGCGGCGCUAUGUGGAGACGCCCCGGGUGCACAUCUCCAGCGUGCGCAGCGGCUACAGCACCGCGCGCUCCGCUUACUCCAGCUACUCGGCGCCCGUUUCCUCCUCGCUUUCCGUGCGCCGCAGCUACUCGUCCAGCUCCGGAUCCUUGAUGCCCAGCCUGGAGAACCUCGACCUGAGCCAGGUGGCCGCCAUCAGCAACGACCUCAAGUCGAUCCGCACGCAGGAGAAGGCGCAGCUCCAGGACCUCAACGACCGCUUCGCCAGCUUCAUCGAGCGCGUGCACGAGCUGGAGCAGCAGAACAAGGUGCUGGAAGCCGAGCUGCUGGUGCUGCGCCAGAAGCACUCGGAGCCGUCCCGCUUCCGGGCGCUGUACGAGCAGGAGAUCCGCGACCUGCGCCUGGCGGCGGAAGACGCCACCAACGAGAAGCAGGCGCUGCAGGGCGAGCGCGAGGGGCUGGAGGAGACUCUGCGCAACCUGCAGGCGCGCUACGAAGAGGAGGUGCUGAGCCGCGAGGACGCGGAGGGCCGGCUGAUGGAAGCGCGCAAAGGCGCCGACGAGGCGGCGCUCGCCCGCGCCGAGCUGGAGAAGCGCAUCGACAGCCUGAUGGACGAGAUCGCUUUCCUGAAGAAAGUGCACGAAGAGGAGAUCGCCGAGCUGCAGGCGCAGAUUCAGUACGCGCAGAUCUCGGUGGAGAUGGACGUGUCCUCCAAGCCCGACCUCUCCGCCGCGCUCAAGGACAUCCGCGCGCAGUACGAGAAGCUGGCCGCUAAGAACAUGCAGAACGCCGAAGAGUGGUUCAAGAGCCGCUUCACCGUGCUGACCGAGAGCGCCGCCAAGAACACCGACGCCGUGCGCGCCGCCAAGGACGAGGUGUCCGAGAGCCGCCGCUUGCUCAAGGCCAAGACCCUGGAGAUCGAAGCGUGCCGGGGCAUGAACGAAGCGCUGGAGAAGCAGCUUCAGGAGCUGGAGGACAAGCAGAACGCCGACAUCAGUGCCAUGCAGGACACAAUCAACAAGCUAGAGAAUGAAUUGAGAACCACAAAGAGUGAAAUGGCACGAUACCUGAAAGAAUACCAAGACCUCCUCAACGUGAAAAUGGCUUUGGAUAUUGAGAUUGCAGCUUACAGGAAACUCUUGGAAGGUGAGGAGACCCGACUCAGUUUCACCAGCGUGGGAAGCAUAACCAGUGGCUACGCCCAGAGCUCCCAGGUCUUCGGCCGGUCUGCCUAUGGUGGUUUACAGACCAGCUCCUACUUGAUGUCUGCCCGCUCCUUCCCGUCUUACUACACCAGCCACGUCCAGGAAGAGCAGAUCGAGGUGGAGGAGACCAUCGAGGCUGCAAAAGCCGAAGAAGCCAAGGACGAACCCCCCUCUGAAGGAGAAGCUGAAGAGGAGGAAAAGAAGGAAGAGGAGGGUGAGGAAGAGGAGGGAGCAGAAGAAGAAGAAGCUGCAAAGGAAGAAUCUGAAGAUGCGAAGGAAGAAGGAGAAGGUGAAGGCGAAGAAGGAGAAGAAACCAAAGAAGCUGAAGAGGAUGAGAAAAAAGAGGAAGGUGCUGGGGAGGAACAAGCAACUAAGAAGAAAGACUGAGCCCCCUUUUCCUUAACGGUUCCAGGGAUAGUCUCCCCAAGUCAGGUCAACCUCAUCACCCACCCACCCACCAGUUGAGUUCCAGAUCCUAUAUGAAUUAAGAAGUCAACAUAUGUAUAAUUCUGAGAUGACUUAGGUUGGUCCUUCAAUGUUGUGCUGUGAAUUUUCUCCUCACGCAGAGUCUCUGUUUGCUUGCAGAGUGGCUUUUCUGGCUUGCUGCCAGCCCGUGCAUGGUCCACGCUUAUGAGUUCAGGAUCUAUGGCAAUGUGAAUCAUUCAGAUGUUUACAAUAAAAAAAACACAACAUGAAUAAAUGAAUUCACUAAUGUUAAUGUUAACUUCAUGGAAAAAUAGCCCUUUGAGCCUUUGGUGGUUAGAAAUUAAAGACCUUGAGUUAUGUGCAAUAAAUAGUAAAUAAAGUUACACCGAAUGACAUUUCUUGCUGUGGUUGUUUACUUAAUUAAAAUAUCUUAGAGAUGGCACCAAUGUAAAUCAUAUACAAGUGGACUAUUGACCUCCAAUUUUUUUUUAAAGUGAAAAUUUAAACAGUUAUGAUACUUUUUUCCCUCCUUAAUUAAAAAUUCUGAGGGAUAUAGUUAGGUAUGACUAUUCAGGAAAUAUCUCCCCUCAAAUACUUUACUGAUAAUAAACAUGAGUAAAUGAGAGAGUUUGUAAUUAAAAAUAUACUUUGCCCCAUAACAUGUACUAUAUUAGAUUGUACUUUCUAGGAAGCAGUCCUGAAAUCAUGUGACAAAUAUACCUUUUAUGGUAAAUAGGUCAUUUCAAACUAGUAUGUAAUAAUGCAAUAUGGAUAGAAUAUGAAUCCCACAUGUGUCACCAUAACUACAUUUUAAAAAUAUAGUCUAAAUAGCAUGGGCAGAAGUUGAAACCUGAGCACAAUAUAAUCAGGAGGAAUAAAUUUUUUAUUGAUGUAUACAUUUUGGAAGAGAGAGUAAAAAUAUCAAAGGUUAUUUGCUUCUGUAAACAUGUUGCCUGCAAUCCUGAGCUCAUGAUUCAGUGUGUUGUUGGCUUAAUUCUUUUCCCUCAAGUAAAUAGCAUUUAAUGUUACACAUUUUUAAACCUUUUAAAAACUACAGACACAGGAAAUGAAAUUAUUAUCAUUACUUAAGUGGGGAGGUAAUAUACUUGUAGGUUACAUUGGCAUUGCUCUGCAUGUCUUCAUUGGGAAAUAUUUGGAUUUCAGUGAUAGCUCAACUGGUUGGCCAUUGCAUCAAAAACACAUCUCAUCUGUUCUCCCUGUCCACUGUAAAGUUAUGAAAGUUCUUGCACUUGCAUUUGAUGUGAAAUAUAAAUGAAAUUAUUGACUAGCUGUUGUUCUGCUUCUGUUCUUAAGCAAUUGCUUUUAAUUGGCUCAUUUUGUUCAAUAUUUGUUUCUUAGAUAGCCUUUAAGAAUUAUGAAUUUAACCUGAAACCAAAUUGGUCCCCAUUUAAAGUUGUUUGAUCCCUUUGCACUACCUAUUUCUAGUUAAAUAUAUGUUACUAUGCAAAUAGCUGAAAUAUUUCUUUAUGUACAAUGAUGAUAUGUAUUUGAUCUAGGAAGACUCUCAGAACAUCAGUUUCUGCAAAGAUUGGGAGUCUCCUCAGAAACCAAAUUUUUUGCAUUUAUGCUUAUUAGACAUGGGAUGAUGCACAUGGUAAAUCUCAGAUGCAAACUAUAUGUGAAAAAUAACUUAAGCUAAAUGGAAGUAGCUGGUUGGCUUGAGAACUACUUGGUUGAAAUAAGAAUGCUGUAUCAUAAUCUAUUCUGUGUGCCAUAAUAAAAUACUGAAAAACCUCUA